AUGACAGCCUGUUGCAGCUGGAACGAUGUUUUCCAGUAUGAGACAAACAAAGUCAUCCGGAUCCAGAGCACGAAUUAUGGCACCAUUAAAUGGUUCUUCCAUGUGUUGUUCUUUUCCUACAUUAGCUUUGCUUUGUUGAAUGACAAGCAGUACCAAUGGAAAGAACCUGUCAUCAGUUCUGUGCAUGCCAAGGUGAAAGGGAUGGCAAAGGUGAAAAAGGAGAUUAUGGAGAACGGACUGAAGAAGGUAGUGUGGAAUGUCUUCGACACGCCAGAUUACACUGUCCCCUUGCAGGGGAACUCCUUUUUUGUGAUGACAAACUUUCUCAAGAUAGAAGGCCAAGAGCAAGGGUUGUGUCCCGAGUACCCCACCCGCAGGACGCUCUGUUCCUCUGACGAGGGUUGUAAACAGGGAUGGAUGGGCCCAAAGAGCAAAGGAAUCCAGACCGGCAGGUGUAUAGAGUAUAAAGGGAAGCAGAAGACCUGUGAAGUCUCCGCCUGGUGUCCUGUGGAGGCAGUGGAAAAGGCCCCAGAGCCUGCGCUCUUGGGCAGUGCUGAAAACUUCACUGUGCUCAUCAAGAAUAAUAUCGACUUCCCCAGCCACAACUACACCACGAGAAACAUCUUGCCAGAUUUAAACGCCACUUGCACCUUUCACAAGACUCAGAAUCCACAGUGUCCCAUUUUCCGACUAGGAGAUAUCUUCCAAGAAACAGGAGAUAAUUUUUCAGAUGUGGCAAUUCAGGGAGGAAUCAUGGGCAUUGAGAUCUACUGGGACUGCAACCUAGACAGGUGGUUCCACCACUGCCGUCCAAAAUACAGUUUCCGUCGCCUUGACGACAAGACUGCCAAGGAGUCCUUGUACCCUGGCUACAACUUCAGAUAUGCCAAGUACUAUAAGGAAAAUAAUACCGAAAAGCGGACCCUGAUAAAAGCCUUUGGGAUCCGUUUUGACAUCCUGGUUUUUGGCACCGGAGGAAAAUUUGACAUUAUCCAGCUGAUCGUGUACAUCGGUUCAAACCUCUCUUACUUUGGUUUGGCCACUGUGUUCAUUGACUUUCUCAUCAACACUUACUCAAAUAAAUGCUGUCGAUCCCGUAUUUAUCCCUGUUGCAAGUGCUGUGAACCCUGUGCAGUCAAUGAAUACUACUACAGGAAGAAGUGUGAAUCCAUUGUGGAGCCAAAGCAGACAUUAAAAUAUGUGUCCUUUGUGGAUGAACCCCACAUCAGGAUGGUAAACCAAAGGCUACUUGGGAGAAGUCUGCAAGAUGUUGAAGGUGAAGAAGUGCCAAGACCCCCGAUGGACUUCACAGACUUGUCCAGGCUGCCUCUGUCUCUUCACGAGCCACCCCCCAUUCCUGGACAACCAGAGGCUAUCCAGCUGCUCAGUGAAGGGGCAACCCCUAGAUCCAGUGACUGCCCGAAUUGGUGCCAGUGCGGAAAGUGCCUCCCAUCCCAACUCCCUGAGAGACAAAGAUGCUUGGAGGAGCUGUGCUGUCGGAAAAAGCUGGGUGCCUGUAUCACCACCUCAGAGCCGUUCAAGAAGCUUAUCCUGUCCAGACAUGUCCUGCAGUUCCUCCUGCACUACCAGGAGCCCUUGCUGGUGCUGGAUGCAGAUUCUACCAACAGCCAGCUGCGGCACUGCGCCUACAGGUGCUAUACUACGUGGCGCUUUGGCUCCCAGGACUUGGCUGACUUUGCCAUCCUGCCCAGCUGCUGCCGCUGGAGGAUCCGGAGAGAGUUUCCCAAGAGGGAAGGCCAGUACAGUGGCUUCAAGAGUCCUUAG